AUUAAUCACAAAAAUACACUGACAUCAAACUCGAAUCCUCUAUAUAUAGUGCUCGAAGUAGCAGAGAGCUAUACAAAGAGAGAUGGCUCAAUAUGGCGGAGGAAGAUGGUCUCUUGAAGGAAUGACUGCUCUCGUCACUGGUGGAACCAAAGGGAUCGGGUAUGCGAUUGUUGAAGAAUUGGCUGGAUUAGGUGCCAGUGUACAUACUUGUUCACGGAAUGAAGCCCAACUCAAUGAAUGCUUGAAUCAAUGGAAGAAGAAGGGUUUUCAUCAAGUCACUGGUUCAGUGUGUGAUGUGGUCUCAAAAAUCCAAAGAGAGGAACUAAUACAGAAGGUCUCAUCACUGUUUCAUGGGAAACUUAAUAUUCUUAUAAACAACGUGGGAGCUCAAAUAGGAAAGCCAACAACUAAGUACACAGCUGAAGACUACUCAUUUAUCAUGAGUACCAAUCUUGAAUCUACUUACACUAUGUGCCAACUAGCACAUCCUCUUCUAAAAACUUCAGGAGCUGGUAACAUUAUUUUUCUGUCUUCUGUUGGUGGUGUGGUCUCAAUGGGGGAGGGUACGAGUGUAUACGGUGCAACUAAAGGAGCAAUGAAUCAAUUGGCCAAAACUUUGGCUUGUGAGUGGGCAAAAGACAAGAUUAGGAUUAAUAGUGUUGCACCUGCGCUCAUCAGAACUCCUCUUGUUGAACCUAUUUUGAAUGAGGAAAAGUUUAUGAAGGCUAUCAUCUCUCGAACCCCAUUAGGACGUAUAGGAGAGCCUGAAGAGGUGUCUGCCUUGGUGGCAUUUCUAUGCCUUCCUGCAGCCUCAUACAUAACAGGGCAGACUAUUUGCAUCGAUGGAGGGCUAACUGUCAAUGGCUUCCAGUUCCAAGCAUAAUGAAAUAUGCUGAGAUUUGCUCAUGCAAGAAUAAUAGGUGAAUAUAUGGCGAAGCUUCUAGCACUAAAUAAUAGGCAUUCUUAUAUGGUAUGAAAUACUCAGUUUAGGCCACCCAUUGCAUAAGAGCGAUAGCCAAGCCAAGUCAUAUAAAGGCAAGCAGCCUUUUAGAAAUAGCAAAUGACACUUGCCUUCUGGAAAGUCCACCUUUCCCGAUUGUCUCAUGUCACAGAAUACAGUGAACACGGGUUAUGUGUAUAUCGUUUAUGUCAAUUGUAGAUCAAAUUAAAUCAAUAAUAAUUGUCUUUUGAAGUCUCA